CGGAUUACCUUAUGCAUUACAAUUAGUGAUUUCGAGUGUAGCGGCGCUGGUCUCGCGAAUGGUGGAGGUGUCAUGAGCACCGUGUGAACACUGCACGAGACGCGACACAAUUAGAACACUCUCAUUAGAAUCAACGACAUCUUCGCGCGCUCGCAUUGUAGCUUCGUUUAAUAUUAUGAGUGUUCUUGUUUUGUCCCUUCGCGUCGAUCGCUUGUAGUGUAAAUAGGGUGUUACAGCCUGUUGGCUCAUGUGUGAUUAGCAUUAGCCAGUUAGCUUUAGUGAUGGGAAGUCCGACUCGUUUUCACGAAUCGGUUCUUUUGAACAGUUCGUUUCAAAGAACCGAUUAAACGGAUUCAGCUAUUCUGUACGCUAUCACGUAAUUGCGUCAUCCCGUAGUCACUGAUUUUGUCAAUUUUGAUCAUAUUAAUAACUAUUAGUAGCAGUUUAUUGUAAUGAAAUGUCUUAUUUCAGUUGUUGUUUAAAAACAAAGCCAUUUAGAAACUUACAUAUAAUUUGCCACUGCAGUAAAUAUUUUUACAUCUUUUUAAGCUGUCGUGCAGUCAAGUCAUUAACGUAUACAGUACAUUUUAAUUGUAACAUUUCUGCUAUUCAGCUAUUAAAGUAAUUUAUAUUGCUCUUACUGUCAGCUCACUCAUCGGCUCUCUGAUUCAGUCCGGUUUGUGGACGAAUCGUUUGAUCUGGUUUUGUGCAUUGAAAAGAUCCGACUCGAAAGAACGAUUCGUUCACAAAUUGAACAUCGCUAAGAACCAUUUAAACGAAACACAAGGCGCGCUAGGAGUUGCGACAAACCCUCCGAUAUGUUAUCGUGUGGUUAACGUGGUUGUUAUGGCUUUAUUAAAUACUAAAGUAACACAGGAAGUAGUUGAUCUAAAAUGGGAGACGAUCGACCUUUUGUCUGCACUGCCCCAGGCUGUGGACAGAGGUUCACCAAUGAAGACCAUUUGGCAGUACACAAACAUAAGCAUGAGAUGACGCUGAAGUUUGGACAAGCCAGAACAGAUACAGUUAUUAUAGCAGAUCAGACACCAACUCCCACCCGAUUUCUUAAGAAUUGUGACGAGGUGGGUUUGUUUAGUGAGCUGGCUGGCUCCUUCGAGCAAGAUCUUCGCAAAACACAGGAGGAGGAGGAAAGGAGAAUUAAGGGCACGCUUCCAGCUCUACAGACGCCUACAGAGGUUAAAGAGAGGGAGGGGCCUCUUGAAAUUGACUCCUCCCCUCCAGACAGCCCUGACUCCACCUCCAGCAUGACAAACAGCAAAGAUGCAGUUGCCAUGGCAAAGGAGCCUAUUGCCUUGAGGAAAGCUAAGGAUGUUCCUCCACGAACUGCAGCAAGUUCCACCCCUACACCAACCAUAGUGCGCCCAGGCUCGCUCCCACUUCACCAAGGAUUCGACUCCAUGAACCCAACUCAGCCUUCUCCCACCUCUGUUAUCACCAGGACCCCUCCGUCAAACAGACUCAGCUCGCCGUCUGGUUCUUUUCCUAUGCUGAUGCAGCUUCCAAAUGGUCAGACUGUUCCUCUUCUGCCCAGUCCAGGGCAGACUUCAGUCAUAUCGCUUGCCAGAUCAUCAAACACAGUGCCCAAUAUCCCAGGGAUUCCAGGCCCUCCUAUUGGUGGAAGCAGCAGUGGCUCCUCCUCUCCGUCUGGAUACAGUACACACUCUGAUGCCAAGACGAGGCUAAAAGCAGCACUAUCUCAGCAGAGUCCUAGUGGACCAGCACCAAUACAAAAAACAGAUCACACUGAGACACCAUCACCUGCUCAACCACAGGUAUCCCCUGCUCCCCCAAAAGGUGGCCGUAGACGACGGGGGGCAGAUAUUGAACCGGAUGAGCGCAGGCGCCGUUUUCUUGAACGGAACAGAGCCGCUGCUUCCCGUUGCCGGCAAAAACGGAAAGUGUGGGUUAGUGCCCUGGAGAAACGCGCCGAGGAGUUAGCUAAUGCUAACGUCACGCUCACUGGUGAAGUGUCCCUUUUGAGGACUGAGGUGACCCGCCUGAAGGAGCUGCUGUUGGCCCAUAAGGACUGCCCUGUUACUGCCAUGCAGAAAAAAGCAUAUCUUGCUGCAGGAGUAGAUGAGAGUUCGGUGUCGGCGUUGGUGAUGCCCGUGUCGGUCCCGGCUCCGGUGUCUGUUAAUGGUCUGAGCGUGCGUGCAGCAGAGGCAGUUGCUGUUUUAGCGGGAAUGGGCUCGGGUCAGUGGAGUAGCACGUCUGGAGAUGCUUCCUCCCAAUCACAGCCCACAUCCAGAUGAUGAGCAUGUCAUUCAGCCAAUAAGAACUAAAUAUACUUUGAGGCUUUCAAAGGAGCGAAUCCCCAUUUCCCCUCAAAACUCUCAGUCACGGUGUGUUUGUAAAUCCUCUCAUGUGACAAAUGGGAACCAAUGUUAUCAUGCUCUAACCACACCCUGCUCACCCGUAGCCUAUCACAGACUCUCCCUGGGCGACUGUGGCAACAUCAUAGAACGCCCCUGUCAGACUGCACAGACUAGGAAGCACUGCAGUGGAAAUGAAUUCUCUUCUGUCAUCUCUAUAAAAUACACCUUUACCUGAACUUGUAUAAAUCUUCUCACUAAUGCAUUCAAUUGAUAUUUGUCUCGUUUGCAGAUAUUUCUAAUUAUUUUGCAUUUUAUUCAAUGGUUUUUCUAAUAUAAUGAUUCGUUGCAUGAUUCUGGCCACAUUAGAAAGAUGAUUAUUACACUAUGCAGAUAAGUUUAACACCUUCUUUCUCAGUCUCUCUUGGUGACGCUUUCUCACACUUCUCUCUUACCAUUUCUCCCAGUUUCCUUUUCUCUCUCUUCCUCUCUGUCUUAAAUUUAUUGUCGUAUCUAAAGUAAUUUCUCUCAGGUCUGUGCUUCUGUGGCUGUUUUGGUGAAGAUCGUGUUUCACAUUAGCGUAACCUGGCGCCGCAGAAUGGACUCCCAAAAGCUUAAGAAUGGAGAGAAAAUAUAUUUUUAUAUUUGAAUAUCAUUAUCGGUUUGUCUGCAUUUUGCAAUAUAUAUAUAUAUAUAUAUAUAUAUAUAUAUGGAUGUAACGGGUAGCGUAACCACGUGGACAUGUUUUAGAUCAGUGUGAUUAUGAUAUGCUCUGCUAAAUUAUAGGUAUCUUUAACCAAAAUACAUAAAUCCUUUUGCAUUAGAGGUUAGACCCCAAAGUUUAAGUGCAUCUGGUCUCAUAACAGGGAACACGCACACCAAAACUCACGUACUGAUUCUUGUGCUUGCAUUUUGUGAAUGUACAGUAGUUAACUAACCCAGCUAUGAAUGUGAAGUCUCGUUUCAAAAUGGUUGAAAUGCUUUUGAGCAAAGUUGAGUCUUAAAAAAGGUGUUAUAGAAAUAAAACAUUAUUUCUUUUUUGGGGCCUGAAAGACUCACACUUGGCCACCCUGAAUGAAUUUCAUCUGGUGCGCAUAACUAACACGUAUCUUAAGUUGUAUUCCAUUAAACCGUUCACGCCUGAUCACUUUUUCAGUAGGAGAAUCUGCAUUAGUUUAAGCUUGGCUUUUUUUUUUUUUUUUUUUUUUUUUUUUUUUAAACCCUCUUUGAAUAUCUGCUUUUUUAUGGCAGCUCAUUUCUGCUACAUAAGAAUAAAUUCAUAAAUUAUGACCUGGUAAAUCAUUAUUGUGACAAGUAUGACAUAAAAGUUGAAAUUAUGAUAUAUUAAGUCAUAAUUAUGAAAUAAAAAGUCCAAAAUAUUACUAUAUCUAAAUUAUGACAUACUAGGUCAUAAUUCUAUUAAAAUUGACACAAAAAAAACAAAACUUUGGCGUAAUUGACUUUAUCUCAUAAUUUAGAUUUUUUUUUAAAUCUAAUGAUUUACCGAAGCACAAUUUUUUUUUUUUUUUUUUUUGUGGGGGAAAUAGGCUUCCAUAUGUUUUGGACAAAUGCAUAUGUUUUCCUCUCAUAAUGUGUUUUGAUUAGUUGGUAUGUAGACUAUUUACAUUUUAUUUUAAUGAUCCAACCAGCCAUAUCAAUUUCUGUCAUUGACCUUUUUUUGCAUCUGGAUUUAUCAUAUUUGGAUGUAGAACGUACUGCUUUCCACAGUGUGUAUAACUCACUGAUCCCAAAUUGUGUAAUGUGUCAGUGAAGCCCUUAAACUAGAGCUGUAAAUAUGAAAUGAGUGUCAGCAUACAAACAUUGCUUACUGUAUGAUAUUGACUAACUGAUACGGUCCUUAAGAUAUGUUAUAAUUAAACAUUGAUGGAACUCUA